CAAGUAUUCACACAUGUACAUGACAUACAGGCGCUGUUGCAUUUAACAGUCAUAUUAUUCUACAGCUAUGUAUGCAUCUGUCUGUGUUACCCUCGCAGCCCUCGUGGGGUCAACCUUUGCUCAAAAUGGCAACGGCAUGGGAUUCUGUCUGAAUCAAGGUCAAACUUGCAACUUGGCUGGAGGUAGAAGUUGUUGUACAGGUUUCUCCUGUCAGAAUUCUAUGGGGAACAUGCGAACAUGUCAGAGAAACAUCAAUGGAGGAAAUCUGUGUCUGAAUCAAGGUCAGACUUGCAACUUGGCAGGAACUAGAAGUUGUUGCACAGGAUUCUCCUGUCAGUCUUCUGUCGGAAACAUUCGCACAUGUCAGAGAAACAUGAAUGGAGGAAACAAUAUGUGUCGAUCAUAUGGUCAAGAGUGCUGGAAGACAGGAGCCCAGGAGAUGAGAUGCUGUAAUAACAUGAUGUGCGUUUACAACCAAUAUUACCAGCUGGUGUGUCAGUAACGACACAGUUGUACCAGAUGUGUUUAGCUAAUAAAGGAAAUGACCAAAG